AUGACCAAAAACAAGAAAAAAUCGACAUCCCCAACGACUAUAUCACAAAUGAUCCUCGACGCGCAGAAAAGCGGCUUUGCCCAGUUUAGAUCCGAGGAGCCGAUAUCGCUAUCAGAUCCACCACCGCAUGCCCGCACCUCCAGAGCCGACGAUAUUCGCUCACAUCCACUAUGGAGUCAAGUGCAAAGUUUAAACGACAAACUUCGUGGCGCUUUUCUUGCUCAUGACUAUGAAAUACAGAAGCCGAAGAUCAAGAAAGAUCAAAUUUACCGGAUCCUCUUACAUUUUGACCCCAACACCGAGCACCGAGUCACCCACCGUAAAGAUAAAUUAAUAAACGCGUUUGAAACCGAGCUUCUUCCACGCCUUGGUCCAUUUAUUCAGGCCCCUCCACCACAACCCAUGGAAACCGAUGUCGACUUUGAUCCUUUGACCGCCACACAACGCGCCUUGAGAGAAGCUAUCCACCGCCGAAAACCUGCGCUCACCAUCCCUGAAGGUGUCAACCCUCACGGUUUACGCCUCCUUUACAAGGAAUACGUCGACAAUGAUUUGGUUGUGCCCGCAGCGAAAGAGUUCUCUACUAAACCACGUGGUGUCACUGCUGCCAACAUCAAGACAAAGACCAUUGAACAACUUCGAUUCAUUCUUCAAAGCAAAAAUCCUGAAGUCUUCAUUCAUCUUACUCCGUUGACUCGUUCUGUUUGUGUCGACAUUUACACCCGGUUUGUCCUUGAAGAGGAAGUAGCACCUGGUCGACUUAUUCUUCAGGCAGAUGAAAAAGUUAUUACCUUUGAACUCAGAAGUCAAAUUAAAUCAGAUCAAAUCAAUGAGUCACCUUUCCCACAUCUGCGAGUUCGUGUACAAAACUUCUUUUAG